CAGCCCAGAGGGCUAGCGCAUCUCUGUCUUAUCUCGUUAUCGACAUGUGACAUUCCCCAGACUCCAACAAACCUGACUGAAUCGAUCCCCCCAAUGCGACUCCAGCGGCCAACCCCGAGAACUGCCGAGAUCGGGCACUGGCUCCAAAGGUGUCCGGCGGUGGCUCGGUGUGGAACACAGGCCAGGUGAGUGUGUUGAGGUCCCUUUGAGAGGGACGGCGAGCAGUGGGCACUGUACGGGACAAGCCCGGAUUUGAUCACCAGCAAAAGCAAAACCCCCAAAUUCUUAGUUUACCUACAGCUUUACCCUCAUGCAUUGCAGGAAUGAAUGCUGCAAGGGGGCAAAGAAGAGGAUGGGAUCAUCCGCCAAGGUCACGAGGUGCAGCAACGGAACCUGGGGCUGGUGGUCUCACGGUUCGGAUCUUGUUCAAAGGGAGAUGGGAAAGGGAUCGACGUCGAUAGUCAAUAUAUGAGAGACACGAAGAAUGACGACGGUUCGAGGUGGUGUGUUUGCGGCAUCAGCUGGGUACAAUUGUUCAAAAUAGCAUCGCUACACUUCCCUAUAGUUACACAACCAACCCAUCCACGACCAUCCAACUAUAUUAUGCUUCCCGGCCGAACCGGGUAUACAAGCGACGCCAUAAGUAAGGCAAAUAGCCCAAACUCUCUUCGACUCUUUGAACGGCGUUCACUCUCAAACUUGGCAUUGUGCUGGAAAGUCCCCCCCCGUCCGUCUGGGAUGAUGCAUCUCGGCGCUAUGACUGCGAAACUGGGACGGACCUGCAUGGGGGGGGAAGAGAGGAUGGACGACUUUUACCGCACCAUCGAAUCAAAGCAGCCCAGGGGUAGUUCAAGGCAUUUCAAGACCACCGCUUCCUAUCCGUACUUUCGUUACCUUACCUUACACAGUACCGACGCCGUACUCCGUAGUCUGUCUCCCACGCUCACAAUGAGAAUUGCGGGGCGAGGGUUUACGGGAUGGUUCAGCUGGUUGAUGCAGCCGGGGUAAACGCUGUUUGUGUCAAAGAGUGACCUAACCCGCCUUCCAGGUCGGGAACCAGCACAUUACCGCACAGUGAGGGAAAGAACCGGGGCAUCCAUUCUUCUCAGUCUUCCAGGUUUGCUGGUACCGUAUUCUUCUCAGAGGUCAUUUUGUCUUUUGUCUCCAUCACCUUGAGGGUUUCCUCAGCGGCGCAAUGAGUAAAUACCUACAUAGACAGUU